AUGGACCGAGGCAUACCCCCUCGGAACAGCCACUACAAAAACAAUAACCGAAACGCUCAAACGAGAAUUCUUUCACAAUUCUUUUCACGUUUCGGAUACCCCCGUGUAAGCUUAAGCGACAACGGCCCACAGUUCGUAGCAAACGAUAUGCGUAAAGCGAUCGAACAGUGGGGAGCCGAGGGUUGGACAACUCCGGUAUAUCACCCGAGAGCCAACCCAGUCGAACGCCGUAACCAGGAAUUAAAAAAAGGUCUACGCGCGCUACUCGUUGACGGCAACCACAACACCUGGGACACCAAGCUAGCCCCCAUAAUUUUUUCGAUCAGGAACAGACGCAACGACCGGACAGGAUAUCCACCAUCGGUACUCGUCCUCGGGAGAGAGGGCAAAAGGCCGGGGGAUUGGAUACUGUCGCGGACAGUGGACAACACGAUCGAACAAAUAAAUUUGGAUAGGGCGAAGUACGAAAACAAUGUACUAAGCGCACCACCUGUAACAGGUGGCCCGACGGACACAAAGUACAAAACAGGUGACACGGUGUACAAGGCACACCUACUGUCAAACGAACACAAAAAAUUCCACACCGGCUUCGCACCGAAAUGGUGGGGGCCAGUAAAGCUGCACAAACGCGUAGGCAAAGGUGUGUUCAUUACAGACCAACAGUCAGCACGCAAAAUUCGCAUGUCCUGCCUCAAACGGGUGACCACCGCAGCGCCCCAAACACCAUCCACCCACACACCCACCCAAUCAACCAUACACCCACAAUAG